AUGGAUAGCUCCAGACAGGAAGCUUUUAGAAAGCUCCGCGAACCAUGUGUCGAAUUAAGUUCUAUUGGUCUGAAAUUUCGUGGGCACCAAGCUAGCCCCAAUGAUGUCCUCAAGACACUUCGCUCAGUGUACAAUGUUUUGGAUGAACUCGCUGGCAAGCAUGCUUUGGAUGAAAAGCUAGCCGAAUAUGCGUUCUUCCCAUUGGCACACAUUUUCAAUGAAUCCAAGAGGACGCCGGUUAAUGUUCUGGAGCUGGCAGUAAACUGCCUCCGGUUACUCGUUAAGGAGGGAUGGAAGGCACGACUGUCUCCCCAGAUGGGGAAGCAGUUGGUCAUUUUACUGACAUUGAUUGCGGGUGGCGCACCGGGAAGUACAAAUGGAGACAAGUCUGCAAAAUCCUCUAUCGAACUGGAAAUCGCGGCAUUUGACUGCCUCUUUGCCAUAUUUGAUGUGCUGUCUGGGCCCGUAGCGGAGCAGACGAUUUACCAUGAGAUUGGCACUGCUACGGUUGUUGAUCAGACAGUGUAUCUUUUGCUUGAAGGGAUUGGGAGUGAUAAAUCCGAUGAGCUUUGUAUUUCUGCCGCAAAGGCGCUCCAAGCACUCUAUCGGCGCGUUACUGAUCGUGUUGUGCUCGCGAGUAUAAUGCCCCGGACCGUCUCGGCGCUAGCAAAAGUGCUGAAACCGACAACUCAAACUAGGCGAUCAUAUAAAAUGAUUACUAUAUGCUUAAAUAUACUCGCCGAUAUGUUGAAAGCGGUUCUCAACGACCAAGCUAACGCACAAUUACCGGCAAAGACCACUCAGCCCAAGCAGGCUGAUGAAAGAUUAGUGCUUGACGAGUCUUGGUUGAAGGCUACAACUACACAAAUCAAACUCGCUUUGACCCAAGUCAUACAACUAAGGCGUCAUGGCCGGGAGGAGGUUCAAGAGGGACUAUUGGGCCUGUGCAUUAUGGUUGUAGAGGACUGCCGGACCACGUUGCAGGAUUCAAUACCCGUGCUCGUUGAAACCAUCAUUGUUCUAUCGGAUUUAGACGAAGAGCAGACACCAAAUAACGCAUAUUCGUCACUAAAACAUCUGGCUACUACCUAUCCCGUGGUGCUGGAUAGUCUCAAAGAAUCCCUGCACACCUGGCUUACCGCAUUUCCGCGGACAAUGCAGAGCAAUGACGAAACAGCCAAACAAUGGGCCAUAAAGCAAAUUACCACUGCUUUCCAGGCUCUAUCUGAAAUCCAGUCUGGGUCUGAUCUACUUACCAAUAACUUGACAACCGGACUAUGUGACAGCGUUGCUGUCAUCGUCAAUCAUGCGACCAGUGCGCUUCAGCCACUCAAUCCAGAGCCGACAAACCAAACGGUAGAGGUUCUUGGCCCUGAAAAAGAGUCUUCUAUGUUCUCACCGGUCCUGUUAGACCAUAGAAGCCAACAGCAGACUCUGAAAGACCUUCAGAGCAUGAUUGCGAGGCUCAACCUCUCUAGCUCUGCUAGUGACAUCACACGGUUGAUUGUCAACCGUAUCAAUCAUGAGCAGGGAAACUCAACCAUCGCGCCGUUAUGGCUCGCGACAACUUUCCUCAAGAAUACACCGCAGUUUAUGAGCGGCUUUGAUGAAUUCAUUUCAAUAGAUCACCUCGAGCCCGCACGUCCCCAUUCGACUAGGGCUAAUAUGAUUGAAGAGCUAUAUUACAUAUCAUUGCCAAUUCUGAACGAGCCAAUAUCUGCUAGCACCGGCGAUUGGCGAGUGCAAGCGCUUACCCUAGAAGUUGUUGCCCUUCAAGCCGAGGAGCUGAAGGAAGCUUUCCGGCCUGAACUCAUGGAUGCAUUGUAUCCGGUUUUGCAACUCCUCGCAUCUACAAAUCAAGCCCUUCAAAAGCAUGCAAUGGUUUGCCUCAAUAUUCUCACUCGAGCCUGUGGCUACCCUGAUACCAGCACCAUGGUUGUCGAAAACGUCGACUACCUGGUGAACUCCGUGGCUCUGAAAUUGAAUACUUUCGAUGUAUCACCCUACCCUCCCCAAGUUCUCUUGAUGAUGGUGAAAUUAUGCGGUGCGCGACUCAUUCCUUACCUGGAUGACCUAGUGGACUCUAUUUUUGGAAUCUUAGAUCUCUACCACGGAUACCCAAGACUCGUCGAGUUGAUGUUUAAAACCCUGGCUGCAAUUGUGGAUGAAGGCACGAGGAACCCAUCGAUUCUCGCUCUUGAAGAUGGUAGUACUGAAAACGCUCGUGACCAUCUCAAAAGAAAGUAUCGGGAGUUAAGCAUUGCUACUCUUGCCAAAGACAUUGCCAAUCAGAAAGCCAAAAGAUUUGAACAUGUCGAGUCCAGAGCAGCUGACAGUGGAGGGUUGACUCAUCCAACCCGACCUUGGAGCGAAGAGCGCGAAGGCGCCAAAGCGAAUGCCGCUGAGGGCGAUUCUCUGUCAGAUAUACUGAACAAAGCUGAAUCAGAUGAGCCGCUGCCACCACCUCGUGAGCCUGAUGAUGCCGAGAAACCUUUGAGCAAAACGCACUCGCUUCUCCUUCACAUAGUCAAGUCCUUGCCCGCACACCUCUCUUCACCGUCGCCAUACCUUCGUCGGUCGUUACUUUCCAUACUUAUAGACAUCAUUCCCGUCCUCGCUGCGCAUGAAAAUAGCCUCCUACCACUUAUCAACGAUCUAUGGCCGGCUGUCGUUUCAAGAAUUAGUUUCCCUUCUUCCUUGAGCGCGCAGUCGGCUUCAACCGCACUAAUAGGGGGCGACACACCCGGCAACGAUAACUCACAAGACCGCCCAAAGCAGGGAACUGAUGAUCUUGACUUCAGGGAGGAGAUAUUUGUAACAACAACAGCCUGCAAAACUAUAGAAACCAUGUUCAAAUCAGCCGGCGAUUUUAUGGCAUCCCGAGUCGAAACGGAAUUCCCACGUUGGGAGCGCCUAUACAAUCGUGCCUGGGAAAAAGUACGCCAGGAUACAGACAAAGUAAUCGACCGGCAAACCCAACAGUUGCUUAAAAACGCCGAGGCUGAUGAUCAGCCGAUUGUGCCCGCUGCCACAACGCAAACACCACCUCUGGGCUUCAUCAAGUCUCUGUCUCUUACCAAGGCUGGGUCAGUUUCUGGCUCUCGCGCGUUUACGCCCCAUCAUUCGCUCUGGCGAGCCAUGGUCUCGCUAUUUUUAACCCUGAUCUCCCAUGUGCGUCUCCCAUUAUCCGUGGGUGAUCGAAUCUGCCACCUCCUUGGGGAAUGGAUAGCUCGAUAUGCAGGACCAGCAUACUAUUUCUCUCGCCCAGCACGGUUCCCUGAGGAUAACAAGUCCGCGACUCAAUCGGAAGAAACGGAGGCCGACUCUAUUGAAAAGGUCAUCCAGGCCAUGGAAACCUGGAAUGCAGACUUGACUUGGUUCAUCUUCCAACAGCAGAUCGCCCAAUUUCAAGCCAAUUUAAAGGUUAAGAAGAAGGGUUCAAUAGUAAAUGGGCCUUCAGAUAGUUCUACUGGAGCAUUUAGAUCGGUGGGUUUUGCCGGCGGCCAACUGAAAUUUGCGGAGAUGGUCUUCUGGCAUAGAUAG